AAGCCAGCCACCAUGAAAAUUUGAUCAGUUUUGUCGAAAACGAAAUCACCAGACUGAAAGCCAUGUAUUGAUGGACUGAAGUCGGUAAAGGCCGUGGUUGUCAAACACACAGUUCACCUAUAAGGCAAGGCCAACGAGAAGUGGGUUCAUCUUGGCUUUUUGAAGCAAGAUUAUUUAUAUCCAUACAUGAACGCUGGCCGCUUCAUCUCUUCUUUUUUGUUCUUGGGUGGUGUAAUAGUUCCUAUUAAAUAGACUCUCUCACCAUCCGCCCAAGCUCAAAUCAGUGCUAGAUAAAUUGCGAAGGUUUUCCUUUUUUCCUUUUGAUGAAGGAAGUCUUUCCAUCAAACAUUGCAAGUUGUACUUGACCAAUAUGGCGCUGUCAACCUUCGCUGCAAAAGGUCUUGAGUUAGCUGAAAGGGUAGGUGAUUUUUUUCUUUUUCUUCGUGGUUAUCCAGGAAUAUGUGAAUGCUUGUUUUCUUGACAAAAGGGAAUUGGUUUUACAGAAAGUUCGCUCUUAUGCUAAUGUUUUCGAUCUCAGGGUUCCUUCAUACUUUAUGGUGCUGGUUAUUUUACCGAAGAAGAAUGGGUGGAGUUGGAUGCUUUACUUCAUAGGGGCAAAUACGUGUUCACGAAUGGUCCGCAAACCUCAGUAACAAGUAUUCUCGAUGACUUGGAACCUAGAGCACUUUCCGCGGCUAGCGAUGAAGCACGAUCUGGAACAGAGAGUAAUGCCGAAGAAGAUCUCCUAAUUUUUGAUGAGCCUCCCGAGGAUAAGACGAUAGAAGUUGACUGUUCAGCCACAUCGGUUGAUAGUGAUAAUGAGGUGGUUUCAAAGUUACCUACAGAAGUCGUGGAAUCUCAUGACGAUCAAAAUCAGCACAAGCAGGAGCAUGGGCAAUCACCAAAAAUAAUCGCGCAGUACUACCAACCAAAUAACACCGAGUUUCGUCCGGUUUGGCUAACAUAAUCCAGCACCGAUGCCCCUAUCGCCCCUAGUAAAACACUUGCCCGGUCGAGUUCUCCGCAAUCAGUUCCUAUCGGUACACGAUCUAGAAAGACAAACCCUUCCGCCUAUAUUGGCAAACUAUUCGUGGCAACAAAAAAGUUUGAAAGACCAAAAGAGUUUUCUGCCAAGCUAGAGGUUUCCUGCGGUGAUAAAAUCCAAGUCGUGAAACAUGUUUCUGGCAAUGAAUAUCGAGGUGUGAACCAGAGGACGGGACUGUCUGGGCACUUCGAUCUCUCUAUCAUCACAGCAGACACGAAGAUCAGCAGCACAGAAGCAGAUGGUGGUAAUACAGUUAUGAGAAAAGCUGGAGGCUUUUCUAUGGAUGAAGUAGACAGACAAAGAACUGCCGAAGUGAGUAUAUACCGACAUAGCGUCCGAAUAUUUCUGUUCCUUUCCUAAGUUGAACAUUUGUAAUCCUCAUCUCGAUUUGUCUCAAUAAUGGACUGCUAAUGCCAUCCAAUAAUAGUGGGAGAAUGAAAGUGAGUAUGAUGAUCAAUCUCGAUCGGUAAAGUCACAAAAAGCUUCGGAUAGUGGUAAAGCUAGGAAGCAGGUAGGAAGCCUGGGUGGUUCCAGAUUUGCCUCUCUAGCUGACAUUGAUCACCAAAGCGUCAGCGAGAGCGAGAAAGCUGCACUUGAGUCUGUGGUCUGCCGUCAAAAGACUGAGCUUGAAAGAGAUGUGGUCGAGCACUGGGCAUUAAACGAACCAGCAAAUGAUGACAAGGUUGGUUUCCUUUCCCUGACAUAUGGUUUAGCCUUUUUCUUUCGUACUGUCCAAUUCGCCCUAACUACGUCAUAUGUGCGAAAGUUAAUACAUUCCUGAGAGGAAGCGACUGCCUAGAAUGGAGUUAGUACUAAAAGUGAACCGUCGAAUUAAAACUGCCUCUCCAGGUUAGUGCCUUCUAUAGGAGUUUAUAAACGUGUGAUGUAUGAAUCAUGAAUGGCAUCCCCAUUGGUUCGAGAAAAGUAUUACAGUUCAACGGUUCCCCACACCCAAGGUCAAGCAAACACCUUAGACUCUACUAGAUGGCGACCGUUAUUUGACACAUUCUAUAUAUUCUCACAUCUUUUUUCCCAACUUUCUUAAACAUCGAAACCUUGACAUCAAAACUUAACACUUCUUAACAGAAAUCACAAAUCGUGCUAUAUUGUCAACAAUCAAAUAGUACUUCACCAAAACCAGAAGACAAUAUGCCUCGAAACAACACAAGAGAAAGGCUACGCAACAAGCCUUACGAAAUUGUUGUCCCAAAGACCGAGGUCUGCUAGUAAGUAAAUCAUUUUCGUCACCUCUACAUUCUGAAAGUACGCUCAAACUUCAAAUUACAAUCCAUGACACAACGCAUGACAAAUCACUUUCCAAGGGGCCAUCACUAACAGCUCUCAGUUUCUGGUCGCUGCCAAAGGGCUGUCGCUACACAGAAGCUCAAUGUCGCGAUCUCCACGAAGAACGCGAAUACACGCUGCAAACCAACCUCCGCAACGGCAAACCCAAUCCGGGAGCCCUCUUCGACUCCGUACGCGAGAUUCCCUCUCCUGCCCCGGGAAAAUCUCACCAGCCAGCCAAGGACCCCUCUACCACCGUCGGAAAACGUUUCACGUGUUUCUUUUGGGAUCAAGGAGGUUGUAGGAGAGCGGAGAAAAAUUGUGAUUUCUUACAUACUUAUGUGGGAAGUGGGGGGAUCUUGCUUAGGGAAGUACAGAAUCAGGCGGUGAAAAACAGGAAUAGGAAAUUGAUUGCCAAGCCGAAGUUUUCUGAUACGGACAAUGAUGCCGAGGCAAAUGGAUGGGGUGAAAGUAGUUCCGGAUGGGGAUCCGGAUCUCAAUCACCGCCCUCUAGUGAUAAGUGGUAGAUAAGGUGCUAUCGGGUUGGGUUAGUGGAAAAGGGACAUAGUGAUAUAUUCUCACUAUGAUGGAAGGAAGUCGAACAAUAUCGCUGAUCAAAUUCAAAUCGGGGUAUAAUUUAUCAAGGAUAUCUAUAUUCUACAAAACGGAAACGGACGACGAUAUCGAAUCGACUCAACAUAAUACACCCACACUACACGUAUCUCAAACUCCAGCAUUCAUCAUUCGAGGCUCUCUGGCACGAACGACAUAGAGGGCAUGCAGUUAUCAACGAGAGCACAUAUAACAAAAACGGGUUGGAGUUUUCAUGCGAGAAUUCGAGGUUAUACAUAGAUAAUUCAUUAAGAAAUAAAAAAAUCAUACUAUACUAU